AUGGCCUCGAUCCAGGCUAUCGAGCAGACAUCAGUGCAUCAAAUCCAGUCUGGCCAAGUCAUCGUAGAUCUCAAUUCCGUCGUCAAGGAACUCGUUGAGAACAGCCUGGAUGCUGGAUCCACGUCGAUAGAAGUCCGCUUUCGCAACCAUGGUCUCGACGCUAUCGAAGUGAUUGACAACGGCACUGGCAUUGCGCCAGAAGACUUUGAGUCUGUCGGUAUGUCUUAUCGUAAAAAGCUUGGGGCUGUUCAACAUCUGACAAAAAUGACCANNGCACUCAAGCAUCACACAUCCAAACUACGUAAUUACGAUGAUCUUGAGAAUCUGGAUACAUUUGGCUUUCGAGGUGAAGCACUCGCUUCCCUUUGCGCCUUGUCUCAGCUCUACAUCAUUACAGCUCGUGAGACCGAUCGACCCCGAGGCACACGCCUUGAGUUUGAGGUAUCUGGCAAACUCAAGGAUACAACUACCGUUGCUGCACAGCGAGGUACCAAGGUCGUAGUUGAAAAGAUCUUCCACAAUCUACCUGUUCGGAAGAAGGAGCUGGAAAAGAACAUAAAGCGUGAAUACGGCAAAGUCCUGACGCUUCUGCAAGCAUAUGCAUGUAUCAGCACUGGCGUCAGAUUCACUGUCAGCAACCAACCGCCAAAAGGGUAUACCACUACGUAUCCGGCAAGCAUUAUACCACGGCUGACCAUGUCACAGAGCCNNAAGAUUACAUCCUUCUCUACUAAUGGGAAUGUAGCUACUAAAGACAACAUCAUCAAGGUUUUUGGCUCCAAAAGCCUACGAGACCUGGUAGCACUCGAUCUCAAGUUCGAGAUGCAGCCUACCAUAUCCACACUCUCAACACACGACGAUAGCACUUCUCGCGGCGUCAAAGUCGAAGGACAUAUUUCCAAACCAGUGGUGGGAGAAGGCCGCUCAGCACCAGAUCGACAAAUGUUUUACGUCAACUCACGCCCCUGCGGUCUUCCUCAAGUCGCAAAGGCAUUCAAUGAGGUGUACAAGACCUUCAACAUUUCGCAGUCUCCAUUCGUUUUUGCAAACCUGAUCAUGGACACAAACUCUUACGAUGUCAACGUCUCGCCUGACAAGCGGACCAUCCUUCUGCAUGAUCAGGGAGUUUUGCUCGAAUCUCUCAAGGAGGCCCUCGUGGAGUUGUUCGAGUCUCAGGAACAGACUGUACCACAGACAAGGCCUGCUCUGACUCAGCCAAAGUUACCUGGGUACAAGCCACUCACCGUCGUUCGAAAGCCGGAGCCAGAACCUACCCCUGCACCUAACGCAGAAUCACUCACGCCCCAAGAAGAUCCAGAUGAAGCAGUCGAAGAACAUCAGGACGCAGUCAGUCAAAAAGGUCCUCCUGAACGCCUGAUCCACGAUUGGGUUGGCAGAGGUGCUCAGGAUCGGGAUGAUGUUCCAAGAGUACAAGCCAAACCACCAGUUCAGAAUGCAUUCGACCGCAUGCGCCCGCAACGCACUCCCCAACAAGUGGCCCAAAUCACGAUCGGAGACAAAACUACGCGAACUGUUAUCGGCAGUGGACAUCGCAGUCCUUAUACUCCGAAGAGGCACAAGAUCCACAUUCCAAGGAACUCGGUGGCAAAGAAACUAAGUCAGUUUGCCAUGCCUGGUACUCAGAUGGAGAGCGAAGAAGAGUGCUCUGAAGAGGAGAGCGAGCUUGGUGAGGACGAGAAUCAUGAAGAUGCUGAAGAGAGCGAUGAGGAGACACUGUUUGUACCACAUACGAAUGAUCGGCAAACUAUACGAGCAGAAAAGGGAACGCCUCAACUUACCUCUCAGACACUGGAAGAUCUACACACGAGUCCCAUUGAUAAAUUUCUACGCAGCACAGAAGAAGCCGACAAAGAGCCCCACAGAGCUCGCGAAGACGAACCUGAGUCUGAUCAAGAUUAUGUCGAUGAGGAGGCAAGGAGAGUGCAGGAGGAUGCCAAAAUCGCUCGCAUGAUUCAAGAAGCAGAAGGUGAGGCCGCUCGCUCAUCACACGACAAUAUCAACCGCGCUACCCAGGCUCUUCGAGCAUCGAAACACAAAACACUAAAUCUGAGCCAAGCGUACGACAUCUCGACAACCUCUAUUGCAGAACAGGCAACUCUCCUCUCGAUGGUCUCAGCAGUGCCACGAGAAGCCUGUCAGCCGAACAUACCCGUUGCUGAUGAUAUAGAGCAAGCGGACGCGGAAGCUCGUCUCUCACUGACAGUGUCCAAAUCCGACUUUGGUCAGAUGGACAUCAUCGGACAAUUCAAUCUUGGUUUCAUCCUUGCAGUACGACCUCCUAGCGAAACAGUCACCUCAUCCGAUUUGUUUAUCAUCGAUCAGCACGCUGCUGACGAGAAGUACAAUUUUGAGCGCUUCACCGACACCCUGACUCUAGAACCACAGCGCUUAGCACAGCCCAAACAAUUGGAGCUUACGGCUAUCGAAGAGGAGAUUGUCCUCGCGCAUAUCGAAGCACUCACUGCCAACGGUUUCAUCAUCGAGACGGACACUUCGGGCACAAGCGAUGUAGGAUUGCGUUGUAAACUCCUUACCUUGCCUACAAGUAAAGGCGUCACAUUCGACCUCAGCGACCUGGAAGAGCUCCUCCAUUUGCUUUCUGAUCACUCUGGUGGCUUCAUCCCGCGUCCGGCCAAGGUGAGGAAGAUGCUGGCGAUGCGAGCUUGUCGGGCAAGUAUCAUGGUUGGCAAGCCCUUGAAAGAGAACCAAAUGCUCAAAGUUGUGAGGAACUUGGGUGAAAUGGACAAGCCUUGGAACUGUCCGCAUGGCAGGCCAACCAUGAGGCACCUGGCUGAUCUGAGCACUUGGGGUUUCGAUCAUUCAGAGGUUCAAGAGACCAACUGGAGAGGAUGGGUGGAGCAAGUUAAGAAGGCGAAGAUGGAAGAAUCAAUAAGCGAUGAGGUGGAAGAAGAUGGAGAAGAGGAUAAGGACGAGGAGAUGGGAAAUGAAGAAGAGGACGAGGAGUGA